GGUGAACCCAACUCUACUUUUUUUUUUUGUUAUAUGUUUGUUUAUCAAGAGAUUAUCCAAAUUGCAGGUUGUUGUGAGUGAUUUUUGGGAUUUUUUUCUUCAUAUUUUUGAAGUAUUGUUUAAAUAAUUUCAAUCUUGAAAAUGGAGAGAACAUCGUCGAUGGAAAGAACAGAAACAGUAAUCAAUGGACAGAAGCAAUUCUUAGUGGUGAUGUGGGACCCACUUGGAUGGAAUUGGGGCGUUUUGGCCACGGUAGCAUUACAUGGCAAAAGCCAUUUCCCGAUUCUCCUCUUCUUCUUCCCGCUGCAGCCGAACAAAGCCCCUAAGCUGCUGGCGACUUCCUCCCUUGAAAAACCGGUAAAUCUUGAUGAUUUUCCCUUAUUUUCUUGUCCAAGAACCUAAUUUGGAACCCAGAAAUCUCUCCCCCCUGCAGGAGCUUCCGGAUCUGCCUUGCUCUGCUUCUUCACCGCCGGCUGCUCUUGCCUUGUGGGGGCGAAUUGGCUUGGUUUGUUGGUAAGAAAUAGCUCGAAUUCUC